GGGACGCCAUUCUUCCACUCGAUGGUCGCGAGAGCACAAGCUGUUGCUGAUUCUGACAUUUGCGUUCUUGUCGAUGCCGAGAUCGUUCUGCUUCCAGAAAUUGUUGACGCAUUAACACAUUUCAGCAAGGUUGAUCGUGACUGGUUCUUUGUUGCAAUGUCACGUAACUUCACCGAUUUCCAUUACCAGCUCGCUGACAAUGGAAGCCAUUGGGUAAAAGCAGAUGGCAAAGGUGUGAGCUUCAAGGUGUUGCAGGAGAUUCGAGCUGACAAGUGGGCAGCAGAUAGCUCUGAUAGGGGGGUCAUUAUGGCGUGGAAUAAUCCGAGCAGUCCUUUACAUGCAGGAGUUCUGCCACCUUUUCUGAAUGGAAGAGGAGUACACAACUGGUGGCUGACUCAUGAAGUUCUGUCAUCUGAGAUGAGACUCGUCUUUGAUGCAAGCAGUCUAGUUCUUGGAUUGUAUCCUGAAAGCUCUAGCUCUAGUAAUGACAUGAGCUCUAGUAAGAAUGACACAAUGCUUGCUGGAUCCUGGGAGUAUAGUGUCAAUCGCCAUCUUGCCACAGUUUAUGGCUCAUAUUGCUAUCGAUUACCAAGAAGACACUAUCCUGUGCUGUACAAAGUGGUAAAGCAACCUGAAGAUUAUAUGUUAACCAAAGUUGAAGAGCCCACCUUGUCAAAUUUUGUCAUUGGCAAAGAAGAAGAUAUCCAUGGAGAAGGAGGCAGCCUAUGGAGGACAGAAAACACUUGCUUGUCUCGUCAUCGACACAAUUAUUCUUCUGAGACCCCAGCACCAGUUGAUCAUCCAUAUUCCUUAAGCAUGCUCCUUGAACUUGCUGCUGAUAAGAAUAGAUCUGUUGUUCUUGGUGUGGCUGGAGCAAGUUACAGGGACAUGCUUAUGAGUUGGGCGUGCCGCCUGCGUCAUCUUAGAGCUACCAAUUUUAUAGUCUGUGCCUUAGACCAUGAGACAUACGAGUUCUCAGUUUUGCAGGGUUUGCCAGUUUUCAGAGAUCCAUUGUCUCCAAAGAAUGUCAGCUUUGAUGACUGCCACUUUGGAACCAAGUGUUUUCAACAAGUAACAAAAGUGAAAUCACGGAUUGUUCUGGAGAUAUUAAGAUUGGGAUACAAUGUACUGUUGAGUGAUGUUGAUGUUUAUUGGUUUGAUAAUCCAAUGUCAUUCCUGUACUCUCUUGGCCCUGCUACACUUGGAGCACAAUCUGACGAAUACAAUGAGACAGGACCAAUAAAUUUACCACGUCGAUUGAAUUCGGGUUUUUACUUUGCUCGCUCAGAUGAUGCCACCAUCACUGCAAUGGAGAUGGUAGUAAAACAUGCAACCAAUUCAGGCUUAUCUGAGCAACCGAGUUUUUAUGAUGUCUUGUGUGGGAAAGAUGGAACAAACCGCAUUGGUGAUGAUAAAUGCCUGGAGCCCAGCACAAUCUUAACUGUCGUGUUCCUGAACCGGGACUUGUUCCCCAAUGGAGCUUACAAGGGUCUAUGGGAGAAGCAUGAUGUGCAAUCAGUUUGCAAGGAGCUUGGUUGUUUCAUCAUACACAAUAAUUGGAUACAUGGGAGGAGGAGGAAGCUCCAACGUCAAAUGUCAUCUGGGUUGUGGGACUAUGAUCCUAGCUCUAGGCUUUGCUUGCAGGAUUGGAGUGAUAGAAGCAGCUUCAGAAUGAUGGGCCAAUUUCAUCUGUUUGAGGACACUGACAGUUAGUGAUUUAGAACCAUGUACUGGCGGGCGAUCUUACCAAAUUUAUGGCAGUAUCGUAUGUGCAUAAGUUUGUCCCAUAUUCUCUGAUGAAAAGCUGCCGAAUGCCUCAACAUAUGGUGGAACUGGAGCUUCUUGCCACACGGAUUUUGGACAUGUUGAAGGAUUAUUUGUUUGUUUGUUCUGAGACGAGAGGAAAAUUUAUUCUUGGUUCAGGAAAGAGGACAGAUUAUUGCUAUCUUGAUAUUGCACUCAAACAGAAAGUUCGAACUUUUUUGUUCAGACACAGAGUAUCUCUGUACUAGAAAAGCAAAGAAUUCUGGCCCUGAUUAUAUUUGCCGAUAUGAAUACACGCAAACGCAAAUUUCAUUACGUGCUAGACUGAUUAAUUUACUAACAUUCAUCCCCUGUUAAAUUCGCUUGGAGUUGUU